AUGGCUCCGACACCACACCACACCCGCCAACAGACCUCGCAGACGACAACCCUCCUCAUCAUCGGCUUCAUAAUCAUCUGCCUAUUCCCGAACUUGUUCAAUUUCCUUUGGCAUCUACCCCUUACGCUCCUAGGCUACGCCUUCUCCGGCCCAAACGGCGCUGCUCCAACGACGACGACCCCACGUCAUCGCCCCCCACCAAACUCACACUCACACUCACACUCGACGACCAUGACGGGCUCCUGGUUCCAGAAGCAGUUCACCCUGCCCGCGCGCUCGCGCGGCUCGUACCUCAUCACCGACGAGGUCGUCGGCGCGCUCCCCGAACUCAAGAACUACAAGGUCGGCAUCCUGCACCUGUUUGUGCAGCAUACGAGCUGCGCUCUCAGCCUCAACGAGAACUGGGACGACGACGUCCGGGCCGACAUGAGCGACGCGCUGGACCGCAUCGCACCGGAGGCCGGCCCCAAGGGCCAGGAGCUGUAUCGCCACAGCGCCGAGGGCCCCGAUGACAUGCCUGCUCACAUCAAGAGCGCUCUCAUCGGCGCAAGUGUUACCAUCCCGAUCAAGGAUGGCAGAUUGGCCACCGGAACCUGGCAGGGAAUCUGGUACCUGGAGUUCAGAGCCAGCAAGCACCAGCGUCGGCUCGUGGCCACGAUCCAGGGAGAGCCCAAGGCAUGA